AUGCCUCUUUCAAAUGUUCCAGAUGAGAUUCUGCUGGAAAUUGUGUCUCACUUGGACAUGUUGUCCAAGAUAAGCCUUUCCCAAACGUUCCACGCCGCUCGCAAUUUGUCGCGUAUCACGAGCCUCUGGUGGACGACAUCCGACCUCCCGUUGGCACAUCUCAAGUCGACGAAGCCGAUUGAAGACUAUACUCCGCAUGAUCUCUACUCUGCUGCAUUGCAUGCUCGACGUGCAACUACAUAUCUUGGCAACGUCCGCUUGUCGAAUAUCACGCCUCGCGAAACCGGCAAAGUCAAACCCAUUCGAGUCCGAAUGCCAGAAGACAGCUAUGCAGAGACUGUUGCACCUGGGUCCCCGUAUCUCUUUUAUCUCUCUCGCCCCUCCCAUGCACCAUCACAGCCUAUCAUCUUCUGUCAUGAUUUGAGCACUGGAAAUGUCUGCGGGAGCUGGCAGCUCUCUCCACUGAAUCUUCAAAAGUCUGGUCCUUCAAACAACUUGACCUUGCUGGACACGAGUUGUCUGUCCGCAGUAGCACUCAGCCACACACUAAUACGGCUUUCGAUUCUUACAAAGACCUCAGAGGCUUGGUCUGCUCCAGUUCUAAGAAUCGUGGACGUCUCUUUCAGAGACACUACAGACGGAAAGAUGGCUACUUUCGAGCUCCGAUUGGAGAAGCAAACCAACGCUGGGUCAGAGCCCGCGGAAGAAAGCGACGAAACAUCGUCACGUAUUGUCCGAAAGAAACUUGGUCGAACUCAUGCCCCGGUUUCGCGUCUUCAGAAUACAUUGCAGCUCCCGAAAUUGACCUAUUCGUACCUAUAUUACCCUCGUUGGUAUCACACUGAGCCCGACGUGGUUUGCUGGAUUCAAGACGUUAAAAUCACGAAAGAAGAUUCCGUCAUUGCUCCGCUGUUAACGGUCGUGUCCUACAAACUAGGAAGCGGCACCGACUCGCCUCGAGUCAAGAUAGGGAAGUGGACGUGCAAGAGAGACGUGGAUAAUGCUCUACUAUCCGCUAGGCUCUGUACCACAACCUUUGCUGGCCACAUGUCCUUGGACGCCCUAUGCGACCUUCCGUACACGAUUAUCAUCAUAGCCAACGAAAUGAAGCCAGAAGUACACGCAGUUCAGCUCUCAGAUAUCCUAUCUUCAGAAAAGACUCCAGAAGGCAUCUGGAGCGGAACCGCGUCAACUACGAUUGGUGGCCAAACUGUGCUCCCGCGGCCGAGCCCUCGUAACACAUAUAGAUCGCAGGUCUCACCUGAGCGAAACCUCUGGGUGUCUUCCGACAAUAGCAACGAGCGUAUGCUGUAUGGUGCUCGGAUCACUUUUGACAGCCACGUCGAAUGCAUCAAUCCCGCUGCUGCCCCGGACUUUGGUGUCCGCUACAUGGCAGAAAGGCGGGUGGAAGGAACAGAGGCAUAUUCAUAUCAUCUUCGCGUCUUGGUGGUCACAUCGACCCGGUACACCAAAGACAUCGCAGACGUGUGGUGGUACGACCUCUUCUUUCGCGUUCUAGUAUCCAGAUCCUUUGAUGCAGAGAACGGAAGCGUCGGAACAGAGACAUCAUUAUACAUUCCCCCUCCGAAAAGCGACUCGCAUUACGACCGAUACGUCGUCUCCUUUGGUCUUGAGCGAGGGGUCGCUUGGUUUACGACGAUGGGCUCCCCUUCCUUCCUCUUUCUGGAGACAGAGCCACCUGGCCCAUCGCAGCAGAGCGAGGACGGCGACUACGAGGAGAAGAGGAUCAAAAGUUGGCGGGCCCUCACAUCUCAUGGCAGCGAGAUCGGGCAUGUCGAUUUGCGUGCAGGGGUCGCAUGUUGCUUUAGCAAUAGGUUGAUGGAUGGCGAUGAGAGCACGUAUAUGGACAUAUUUUGGUUCAGACAAUAA